CCGCCCCCCCGGCUCGGCCCUCCCUCGGAUAAAUCGGCUCGCCUCCGCAGGACGCAGGUCCAGCUCCAGCAAGGCAACCGACAGCAGUUGAAAGCAGAGGAGGCAUACAAUGAGGCUGCUGAAAGCGGAGGAGUUGUUCCGGAAAGUACUUGAGGGUGGGUCAAAGAAGCGAGGCCGGCUGCUUGGGCUCGAUGUUGGCGGUAAGUAUGUGGGGCUAGCCGUUUCUGAUCCCCAAAACAAGAUUGCCUUGCCUCUAAGUGUCUUGGGUAGGACAAAGACAAACAUCGACUUGAUGGCGGACGAUUUCAAAACACCUGCUGCCCGGCAUCCAAGCAUGCCCGUAUCACCGAGAAGAUCCAAGGUUAAGAAGUACUCCCUCAAAGGGCUUAUUGUGGGUUAUCCAUUCAACUUACAGGGGCAAUCUUCUCCAGAUGCAAUACAAGUAAGCCUUCUUGUUGGAGAACUUUCUAAAACUGGGAAACUUGAUGAUUUGGGCUACACAUAUUGGGAUGAAAAUUUUACCUCAAAGUGUGUGGAAGCCCUUCUAAAUCCUCUGAAACUAAAUACUCCGGUAGAGACCAAAACCAUGACAGAUAAGUUUGCUGCAGUUUGCAUACUCCAGGGCUAUCUAGAUAACAUGAACAGAGCUAUGAGAUCCACAGACGAUUGUAAAGAGUAAGGUGACACCUGAGCUCCAUGUACCUAAACCAAGAAAUAUCAUUUGGUCAACUUGUGCCUAGCGGUCAGGUCUCCCUUUAAAGCAUGGAUGUGAAACCAGUUCAAAUCAUGUCGGUACAUUGAUAUGCAGUUCUUCGGGGCGUGAAGGAAACUCUGAGCUGGUGCGUUGUUAGGCUUGUACAGCUGACAUAUUUCUACUGACAGUUCAUCGUCUGGCAAAAGAAGCUUUCCUGCUUAGCCGCUGAAGGCAAAUUUAUUAGUAGAUGAUACUAAACUAUUUGAGACUGUUCUUGCUUACUUUCUUUCUUUCAACCUCUGUUUGCUUAUUUUAGUUUUGGCAUUAGCAUAAUUGUGAUAACGCCUGCAUGCCAUAAAGCUACACGAGAGGUGCGAGACGCAUUGCCUAGACUAAUCUCGUCCUUUCCAUAAAUUAAGCAUGCAAAUGCAUUGUUAGCAGCCUGGGUAAUUAACCCCCUUCCUGCAACUUUCGGUUUGUUUGUCGAACCAAGAAUGAUCAGGUGAGCUGUUGGGCGAUGAUGUUUCCCUUUCUCCAAAAGGGCCAAA